AUGUGGCGUCUGGCGCUGUCUGGGGACCCCAGCUGGGAGUGGGGAUCCCCAGACAUGGAGCUGGCACGCCACCUGGAGGCCUUGAGGGCAGACACGGCCCCCUGCCAUCCAGCGGGCACCAAGGUUCCUGGGGCCAGCACCCCACCGACGGGGACAGUGCCCGAGGCAGGCUGUCCACUGCGGGCUUCCCUCUGGCAGGAUGCUGCGGCCAGAGGGCCCCCAGGCUUCAGGGGAGGGCAGCCCCUGGAGGACGACUGCAUCGUCUGCUGCUCGGCUUAUGAUCUCUCCGGGCACCUGCCCCGCCGCCUCCACUGCGGGCACACCUUCUGCCAGGCGUGUGUACGGCGGCUGGACGCACCGGCACCCGAGCAGCGCUGGAUCUCCUGCCCACAGUGCCGCCAGAGCACGCCCACGCCUCGAGGAGGGGUGGCUAUGCUGGACCUGGACCUGGCUGCUUUCCUGGCAGUCAAGGCUGAGCGGGAGCCGGCAGGAGUGCGGCCCCAGCCCCUCGCCUCCCUCAAAGGCGGCACCAUCACUCAGCAGCCGGCGGGGCCGUGCCCUGCCCUGGGCCCCCAGCCCCACUUCCCUCGGCCCAGACACUGCUGCUGGGGCUGUGGCCGCCUCUGCUGCCCGCCCCCAGGCAGCCCCGAGGUCUGACUCUGGCCAUGCCCACCCCUGCAGGGGAAAUGCCUGCCUUGGAACCCCUGGCCACGCACAGCCCACCUGGAGCCACCUGGUAGCAGCGUUCUGUACACAGCUCCACGUGGCCCAGUGGGGUGCUGCGAACCCAGGCCACAGCCUAAGGUUGGAGACUGGGAGCCUUCGCAGGAGGCUAGUGACCUCCCGCCUGUCCUGGCCAAAAUUACCAGACCCCCAACUAGCCCAACCAGAUGUGCCUGCUGAGGCUGCUGCCGCCUGAGUGGACGGCAAGCCUGGCCCGGGCCUAGACCCGGCGCAAACGAUGGCUCCCAGAAGGAUGCAAAGGCCAGUCCCAGGGCCUAGGCUGCAGGCUGGAGGGCCGGGCCGGGCUGGGCUGUGCCCAGAGUAGGUCCCCUCUCCCACAAGGGUCCCAGUAUGUGCCAGGAGGGCGGCAAGGCCACCUCCUUCCUCUCUGCCCUGCACGGAAGCCCUGUGAAUUCACCCACUCUGCAAAACUCACGGAGUUCCCACUGUGUGCCGGCACUGUUCCUGGGGGUCCCGUGCAGGCACAAGGCCAUGCAGCCAUCGAGGAGGACGCCCCGGCGGGGCCUGCCUGAGGUCUCACAGCCCAGCUGGCCUCAUCUUCGGCUGAACCUUCCCAGGCUCCCAGCAGCCACCACACAGACUGUUCAGAGGGGCCAGGGCCGGGGCUGGAGGCUGUGGAUGGCAGUGACCCCCAAGGGAGUACUAUGACACCCCACCCUGCCCCCAUAGAAGGCAGUGUUACUCAGGAGCCCAGAGACAGACUGGUGCCCCCCACCACCGCCGGAGCAGGGUCGCAGGAUGGGACGGAAGAGAAUUUGCUGAGUGGACAUUCAGAAGCGUCUACUUUCUCUGGGGCAAAGUCCCAUGCACGCAGUGGGGGCUGGGCAGCCAGGAGAGCAGGCACAAGCAGCCCCUGGGCAGGACGAGCCUUGCGGGAGCUGCUCCAUACCCCAGGUCAGGAAGGGGCCCAGUCCUCCUAGGGGACACCGCACAGGCCGUGGGGCCAUCUGGGAUUCUGCUGUGGAGAGCAGUGUGGCGGGCCAGGCAGUGGUGUCAAAGGUGGCCUGGGGGGCCCUGCCCUUCUCCCUCUGCAGAUGGAGGCUGCCCACCUCCAUCGCUGCUGAGGCCUAGCCCUAUCCUGAACCUGGAUCUGAACCCUCUGACCUCGGGCUGGGUGCCCUCCCUGGCUACACGAACAAGCCUGUCCUCCCCACUGGCAGGUGCAAAGGGCUUCCCUCCCCACUCUGUUGCGGAAGGGAUGACCCUGAGAAGGUCUGCGGAGCCCUGAGAUGCAUGGAGGUGGGGACUGGAGUCUCCGGAGCCUGGGAAGGCCAGCCAUGCUCUUGCAUCCUGCCC